UGACAGUUACAAUAUAUGGCAUAAACCACGACUGCGGACCAUUAGACAAACAAGAAUAGACACUUUAUCUAGCGAUAGUAGCAAACUGGUGGUUCGUGAUAAUAGAAAACCGGUAUUUACACGAUGCGGCCAAUAUCACGCGAGUGUAAAAGAAGAACAAGAAUAUGGGACUCCAGUAUUGACCGUUCAUGCCGUGGACAAGGAUCCCCCCGACGCCGGGGGUUCCGUUGAGUAUGCAUUUGUGGCGGCCCCUGGCGAGCGUCUCAAGUUUCACAUUGACCCGCAAACUGGCAAUAUCACGACACGACAUUCAUUCGACCGAGACGAGCCUGCCCGCGAGAAGGAGAUUUAUGUGACAGUUCGCGCAACCGACAACGGAAAGCCGCCCCUGGAUGACGUGUGUGUCAUUCGCAUCAACAUAGAAGACAUCAACGACAACUCGCCUGUCUUUGAUAAAGUCCAAUAUUUGGAAUCAGUACCGCAAGAUUUGAAGGUAGAUCAUGAAGUAAUGAGAAUAUCAGCAACGGAUAUAGACAACGGAAAUAACAGCGUUGUCCAUUACACGCUUAAAUCAGGAUCUCUGGAUGAUAGUUAUUUUAGAAUAGAUAAAAGUACCGGUGUUAUAUAUCUGCAAAAACCAAUUGAUAAAAGUCCUGGAUAUAAAUUUCGUCUUAUGGCUAAAGCUGAGGAUCAGGGCGAAACACCACUAUCGAAUCAAAUAGAGCUUGAGAUUCAAGUAGUCGAGUCUAAUAAGAAAUCGCCUAGUUUUAUUGGAAGUCCAUAUGAACCAGUAAGCAUGCCAGAAGAUUUCAAAAAUUUUGCAGAUCCUAUAAUCACCAUCCAAGCAGUGUCGAACAUAUUAGAACCGGAUCUACUUUUCGAAUUGGUGACUGGUCGUACAGAACAAACGAAUAAACUUAACAAUUUUCGAUUGGAAUCGGCUGGGAACAAAGCUCAUAUUAUAUUGGCUAAGCCACUGGAUUAUGAAUCUAUAGCCGAAUACACUUUGACUGUACGUGCACAAAAUGCACAUAAUUUAGCAGCCGAGACACAAAUUCAGGUUCAUGUGACAGAUGUGAACGAUAACAUUCCAUAUUUCACGGAAGUCGUUGCUGGAUCUGUAUCCGAGAACGAACCUCCAGGGAGUCCAGUGAUGCAGGUAAAAGCUAUAGAUCGAGACGCAACAAGUGCGCAUAAUAUUGUAACAUACACAUUGGAAGAUCAUCUGGACUUAUUCACUAUCGAUAGAAAUACAGGAAACAUUACAACUUUACGAGAAUUUGAUCGGGAAGAUAAAGAAGCUUAUAACGUUAAAAUUCGGGCGAACGACAAUUCUCCUUCAGCACUUCUACCUGGUGGCGACAGAUAUCAUUUUGGUGAACAAACGUUUAGAAUAGAAAUUUCUGAUAAAAAUGAUAAUCCACCUUAUUUUACAAAAGAAGUAUUUGUCGCUGAUGCCAUUUCAGAAGAUGCCAAUGUUAAUGCGCUAGUUACUGAAAUUGAAGCUAAAGAUCAAGAUACAGCAUCUAUUAUUGAAUAUUCCAUAACUGGUGGUAACACAUAUGAUGCGUUUUCAAUUGAGAAAACAACUGGUAAAAUUCGAAUAAAAAAUAAGCUUGACUAUGAAAAUAUAACAGAAUACACAUUGAAUGUGAGAGCAUUUGAUGGUAUUUAUGAAGCUAGAGCCAAAGUUGAAAUCAAAAUUGAAAAUGUCAAUGACAAUCCACCGCAGUUUACUAAACAGAAUAUUACUGUUUCCAUUUUGGAAGAAACAUUGCCUGAGGGUUGUAUUGCCUAUGUGGAAGCUUAUGAUCCAGAUAUACCAAACAGAAAUGCCCCUCAAGGAAUAGUAUAUUCUAUAGUUAAAGAGGAACAAAGAAAAUUACUAUCUAUUGAUGAAAGUGGCUGUUUAAGACUUAUAAAGCCAUUGGAUAGAGAUCCGCCAAACGGUUUUCCACGAUGGCAAGUAAUUGUUUCUGCUGUAGAUGAAAAUGGGGGACCAGGAGGUGUCAGUAAUUCUACCGAAGUUAUUAUUGAAUUAGAAGACAUAAAUGACAAUGCUCCCUACCUUAGUAACAUUCAACCAGUCGUUUGGUAUGAAAAUGAACCUCCAAAUCGUCCAAUUGUGUUGUUGACUGCUAAAGACAAUGAUUCAGAUAUAAAUGGACCACCCUUUCAAUUCGAUCUUGAUUUUAGGGCUUCUGAUGAUGUAAAAAUGAAAUUUGAAAUAAGAGGUAAAUAUCUAUACCCACUAGUGACUUUUGACAGGGAGGAAAUAAAAGAUUACUUCAUAGACAUAUCUAUAACUGAUAAUGGUACACCAACUAUGACUGGUGUAAGCAUACUCCAUGUUGUAAUUGGCGAUGUCAAUGAUAACAAAAUGCAACCAGGAGAAAGCUCAAUAUUUGUUUAUAAUUAUAAGGGUGAAUCUCCAAAUACGGACAUCGGCAGAGUAUAUGUGAAUGACCCUGAUGAUUGGGACUUGCCCGAUAAAAGAUUUGAAUGGUUGGAUGGUCUUGUUGACCCUAAGUUCAUUUUAGACAGUGAUACUGGUAUGAUAACUAUGAGGCAGGGUACUCAGGAUGGGAUAUAUAGACUCAAUUUCAAGGUGACAGAGGAAUCAUUAUUGAUAGAAAGACAUUCAGUAGACGCAUCAGUGACAAUCACAGUUAAAGAAAUACCAGAGGAAGCAGUAGAUAAGUCAGGAUCAGUUCGAUUAUUGGGCAUAACGGCUGAGCAAUUUAUUCAAUCUAACCAUUUUGCGGAACCUAGUCUGAAAGAUAAAUUUAGAUUGAAAUUAGCUACACUAUUGAAUACUUCAUAUGAAAAUGUUGAUUUGUUCACUGUUUUGCAUCAUAAUGAUAAUACUAGUCUUUUAGAUGUGAGAUUUUCUGCUCACGGGUCACCUUAUUAUGCGCCAGAAAAGAUUAAUACCAAAGUGGGCAUGUCAUACAAGGAGAUUGAAGAAGAACUAGGUUUAAAUAUAUUUAUGAUAAAUAUUGAUGAAUGUAUGGAAGAGAAAGUUAAUUGUGAAUCAAGUUGUACUAAUCACUUAGAGAAGUCAACUACACCUUAUGUAGUUUAUACAAAUAAAACGAGCUUUGUUGGAGUAUCUGCGAUUGUGCGAGCUGAUUGUACUUGUGCUGCGCCGCCUCUAGUAAUUUGUCAGAAUGGUGGAACUCCAUUUGAUAAUUUCUGCGAAUGUCCGGAAGGUUUUGAGGGACCAGCAUGUGAAAUUAUCUCAGUCGGUUUCACUGGAGAUGGUUGGGCUUUAUAUCCUUCAUUGAGUGCCUGUGAAUCUUCUCACAUUUCGUUAGAAGUUAAUCCUUAUCAAGAAGAAGGUCUGAUACUGUUUGCUGGACCUAUGCAUCAUAACAGCUUGUUUGCUGUUCAAGAUUUUGUAGCACUUGAACUACAUGAAGGCUAUCCAGUUUUGCUUGUAGAUUAUGGAACAGGUUCUGUUCGUGUGGUGCAUAGACAUAUUAAAUUGACUGAUGGGGCUAGUCAUAGAAUAGAUAUUACUCUUCAAAAAUCUCUUAUCGAAAUGACAGUGGAUAAUUGUAAGCUGUCAUCUUGCAUGACAAUCGCAGCACCUCAAGGUCCAAAUGAAAUUCUAAAUGUGAAUGCUCCGUUACAAAUUGGUGGAUCUCCAACAAAUUUCAACUCCUUGGGUGCAUUUUAUAACUGGACUUAUCACCCUACCAACAUUGGAUUCACUGGGUGUAUAAAAAAUUUUACAUUUAAUGGACAAACUUAUAACUUGGGUAUGCCAAGUUUGGCGCAUAAUGCAGAUGCAGGUUGCCAAAGGUCAUUUGCAAAAGCAGUUUCAUUCGGAAUAGAUACAAACUUCUUAGUAGCAAUACUUGUGUGCAUUGCGAUAUUAGUCAUAUUGCUUCUUGCUGUCGUGGUGCAUCGACGAAAGCAAGAUGGAUGGCACGAAAAGAUUUUAGACGACAUUCGGGAAAAUAUUAUUAAUUAUGAAGAUGAAGGUGGCGGUGAAGUAGACACAGGAUAUGAUCUUAAUGUCCUAAGGACGCUUUAUGACGAAUAUCCCUUGGAAAAGGAACGCCUGGAUGACGGACUCCAAAAUAAAGCUUCAUCAGAAGUUCCAGAUAUAUGCGGUUUUCUUGAUGACAAAAAGGAGGCAUGUGACAAAGAUACAGAAAUAAAUCCGUUUGAUGAUGUGCGCCAUUACGCUUACGAAGGAGACGGAAAUACCAGUGGUUCACUCUCUAGUCUUGCUUCAUGCACCGAUGACGGUGAUUUGAAGUUCAAUUACUUAUCGCAUUUCGGACCUAGAUUCCGAAAACUUGCUGAUAUGUAUGGUGAAGAACCUUCAGAUACGGAUUCUCAAGAUGGUGCAGAAGAAUCAUGGUGCUAAAUUAUAUUAGUAGAAUGACAAUAAAGUGGCUAGUUGACAGGAACAAUAUAAUGUAAAUAUAUCAGAUUAUCAACUUCGUAGUCUAUACAUAUGCAUUAUUGCAGUACAGUGCUAUUUGUGUUGUAUGUAGUAUAUUUUAGUAGAAAUAAAAAAAAUAAUUUGUUAUAUUAAACUGAAAAUGUAUAUCAACA